GUGACGGAAGGCUGUCGAAACUUCACAGCGUGACACCCAGCGGAAGUAGAUGAUCAAAGCGCAGCAGCGUAAGCGGCGCUAGCAGCGUUAGCUCCAUGGAUGUUAGCAGUUAGCUGGGAGUCGUUGGUGCGAUCGUGUCGCAGGUUUACGUUCAAGUUGUCCACGACGCAGCGAUGUCUUCGGAGGAAGAGGACGAUCGUCAGCGCAGACUGCUGGGCAUCGUCAUGAAAGCUGAAAUAAAGCUUCACAGGAUCGAGCUCCCACAGCAGCAUGUCUGUAAGGAGGAGGAGGUUCUCACUGACCAGCAGCUCUGUCACCAGGAGAGGAACUCCAGUCUGGACCAAGAGGAACAGAAACCUCCACAGAUUAAAGAGGAACAGGAGGAAAUGUGCACCAGUCAGGAGGGAGAGCAGCUCGUACUGAAGCAGGAGACUGAAACCUUCAUGUUGACUCCUCAUUGUGAAGAAAGUGACCACAGAGAACCAGACGGUGAGCACCAGCUCCUCUCUCACAACUCUCCUGUAGCUGAGAGCCAAGAUCAGAACAAAAGAAAACAUAUGGAUUCAGGAUCAACAGGAAAUGAAGAACCAAACCCACAGAAGAGUUUUCAUGAAAACAGGAGUCACAGUAACAAUGUGGACAACUCUCCCAUGUCAGAGAUUAACUCUAAUACUCAAACAGAGCUCCCACAGCAGCAUGUCUGUAAGGAGGAGGAGGUUCUCACUGACCAGCAGCUCUGUCUCCAGGAGAGGAACUCCAGUCUGGACCAAGAG